GGUAUAAUUUUUAGUUGUCACCUACAGUUCACUUUGGUCUAAGGCCACAUUUAAAUUUGGUGUUAGUCCACUGUCCAAUUCUAACAUAUUAAUCGACUAUCCAACUUAAUAUUAGCCCGUUGUUCAAUUAUAAAAUAUUAACCAACUACUCGAUGAUUUUAGGGUCUUAUUAUUAAUGUUAUUUAUAUAAAAAAUAUAUAAUAUUAUUUUACUUAGUCGUAUCCUUGCCAUAUUUAUGUCUUAUAUUUUGAAACUUUGUCAUAUCGCCGUGUCCGUAUCAUAUUAGAUACAACACCCGUGUCUGUUUCCAUGCUUUCUAGCUGACAAGUGAAUUGAACUGCUAGGCCAUCCUUUAUUCUCGUUAAAGUGUGUUAUUUAUGAAAUUUUGGUUCUAGAUAUAUUGGCUGUUUUCAAGUGCCUUGCCAGGUUCUUUAUAGGAAUAUAUCAUGUGACCCUUGUGCAUAAUUCUAUGGGAAAACUAUUCUUCUCUCUCUCACAGAUGUGCGGAACCCUACACUUUUUUGCACCUAGUCAAUAUGUAUAUUUUCAUGUUGGGUUAGGCACCAUUCUGCUUGGUGCAAUCAACUCUAUGACAACGGGUUGCUUCUUACUGAUGAUAAUGCAUGGGUUGCAGGACUUCAAAAGACAAUCCUCCUGUUACUUUUGCGAUAGCUGCAUGUGAAACUCAAAAUGUGAAUGUUACUGUUUUGCCCUGUUUUGGUCUGACAGAAGGCAGCUGCAUCACAGCAAAGGAUAUGUGGGAUAAAAUGGUGCAGGAUGGACACUUCGAUCCGGAGAAUUUCAGUGCUGGACCAUACAGGUCAUCGUCACCUGGAGAGACACACUGUGCUGCAGUUUCUGCUUCCACAUGUGUUGAACCACAUGGAAAAUGCACUGUUGCAUUUGCGCUUUCAUGGUCAUCUCCGGAAGUAAAGUUUUUGAAAGGAAAAUCAUAUCAUAGGAGGUACACCAAGUACUACGGCACUUCUGAAAGGGCUGCUUUACACUUGGUGCAUGAUGCACUAGCGAAUUACAAGCGGUGGGAAGAGGACAUUGAGAAAUGGCAAAGCCCUAUCCUGAGAGAUGACAGGCUACCAGAAUGGUACAAAUUUACAUUAUUUAAUGAGCUGUAUUUCUUGGUUGCUGGUGGGACUGUAUGGAUUGACUCUCCCUUACCAGCUGCAGACUUGGGGAGUGUUUAUCAUCAAGCAGUCGCAGAGAACAAAGAACUCAAAGUAGAUGAAGCGAAAGUGAAUUGCAGCCAGAGUGCACUAGUUGAACAGGCAACAGUUGAUGGUUAUGAUCAUACAGCCAGUGCCAGUUUAGAGAUUGGGAAUGAAGUAAGCGUUAUGAGAUAUUCUGAUAAAUAUGAGUCAAUGAUUCCUCAGAGAAGCGAUGGCAAGUGUUAUCCAAAUCCUAUGAAGUUGUUGGACCCACACACUGAUAGUGAUGAUGUGGGUUGGUUUCUGUACUUGGAAGGGGUGGAAUAUAUUAUGUGGUGUACAUAUGAUGUGCACUUCUAUGCAUCUUUUGCCCUUCUUGAGUUGUUUCCCAAAAUUGAACUUAGUAUUCAGCGGGACUUUGCAAAAGCUGUCUUAUGUGAGGAUAGGAGAAAAGUGAAGUUUCUGGCAGAGGGAAGUUAUGGAAUCCGCAAGGUCAGAGGAGCUGUUCCUCAUGAUCUUGGAACUCAUGACCCGUGGCAUGAAAUGAAUGCAUAUAAUAUACACGAUACUAGUAGAUGGAAGGAUCUGAACCCGAAGUUUGUGCUUCAGGUGUACAGAGAUUUUGCUGCUACUGGAGAUUUCUCAUUUGGAGCUGAUGUGUGGCCUUCUGUUUGUGCUGCAAUUGAAUACAUGGAGCAAUUCGAUAGGGACAAUGAUUGUCUCAUUGAGAAUGAUGGAUUUCCCGAUCAAACAUAUGACACUUGGACAGUUCAUGGCAUAAGUGCUUAUUGCGGUUGCUUAUGGCUUGCUGCACUCCAAGCUGCGGCAGCAAUGGCUGUUCAACUGGGUGACAAGCCCUUUGCUGAAAGAUGCAAAGGCAAAUUUAUAAAGGCUAAGUCAGCAUUUGAAGCAAAACUCUGGAAUGGUUCCUAUUUUAACUAUGACAGUGGGUCAAGCAGCAACAGUAUAUCAAUCCAAGCUGAUCAACUAGCCGGACAGUGGUAUACAGCAUCUUCAGGCUUGCCUGAUCUUUUCGAUGAUUUUAAAAUCAGAAGUGCUCUACAAAAAAUCUAUGAUUUUAACGUUAUGAAAGUUAGAGGAGGUAGGAUGGGUGCUGUAAAUGGAAUGCAUCUCAAUGGAAAGGUGGAUGAGACUUGCAUGCAAUCACGCGAGAUUUGGGCUGGCGUCACCUAUGCUGCUGCUGCUAACAUGAUCCUUGCUGGGAUGGAGGAGCAGGCUUUCAGUACAGCUGAAGGUAUAUUCAUUGCAGGCUGGUCAGAGGAGGGAUACGGAUACUCAUUUCAGACUCCGGAGGCAUGGACAAUUGAUGGGCACUUUCGGUCUCUGCUAUACAUGAGACCACUUGCAAUUUGGGGCAUGCAGUGCGCCUUAUCCUUGCCUAAGGCUAUUCUUGAUGCCCCUACGAUUAACAUAAUGGACAGAAUUCAUUUGUCUUCUCACAGUGCAAGAUCUUCUCACAAUGAGACUGGCGUGAGAAAGCUCACACACAAAGCAAAUUGCUGUGGCAAUUCUGUGUUUCACUGUGCAUGUUGACUCUCACUUGUAAGUGUUCAAUCUUUGUAAAGGUUUUUUUUUUUCCAUCAAUUUGUUGUUUCUUUCUUGAACUGUCUUUCAGAAGAAGAAAAACUGAGGAGUUUUGGGAAAGGAAAGAUCUGGGCUGUAACUUGGUGGUUAUAAAUACAGAUGUGCAUUUUCGUGUAAUAUAAAUGAGAUUUUGCAACACUAGAUCAUUUCAAUGUUAU